AUGAGCACACCUACCAUCAUACCAAAGGUCUAUGAGGAACAUCUAACUACUACUGCUGAGGUCAGGGAUGAGCCAAAGGAUGUGGAGAGUACAGAUGUGCACGAGAAAGGCAAAGUGGAAAGUGGUGAUGAGAAAACUGGUGUGGACGAGAAGUUAAUCAGUUCAGAUGAGGCAAAUAGAACUGAGGGUAAAGACCCAGCAGAAGUAAAUACUCUUAAAACAGAAAUGGCAAAAAUCCAAACAAAUACAUCUCGAUUCAUUUCGGACAGUCUCAAAGAAGUAUCAAAAGACUUGAAAGAAAUGAAAAAUGAAAGGGAUGAGAAACUGUCCAAAAUUGAAGAGAAUCUGGAGAAUCUGAGGGUGUGGGCUGAGUAUAGAGAAACUUCAGAAGAGGUGAGGGACGGGGAUAAUGAUUCUUCUGAAAAUAAUAUUGUUGAAACUGACGAGUUGGACGUGAAGACUCAAAAUUUGAUUAAAAGACAAAUUGAUAAAUUAAAAUCACAAAUUCUGAGUCAAAAUAGUGGAAGCAACCAAGACGAGAGUGUCAAAUUGGUUGCUGAUACUAUAAAGCAAAGUCUUGUAGACAAAGGGUCAGCGGUCAAGAGGGAUUACAAAAUAGAAUACAACACUCGUUUCGAACACUUUUAUGAUUUCUUUAAAUCAGAAGUGAGAUCUCAAAAACUUCUACACGUUCUUGAUGAUAAAAGAGAAAUCAAAGUAGAUAAGAGUAUUCUAGAAGAACAAAAAUAUAAAGUCAGAGAUAUCUUGAUAAAUCAUAUUGAUAAAAAUCAUCAUUCAAAAGUUGUUACAAUGCAAGAUCCAAUAGAAAUUGUAGCUAAACUCAAAGAAAUUAAAAGGGUUGAAAAUAAUAUAUCUUCUUACACUGUAAGACAAGAAAUCUCAAAUAUGAAGUAUGUGAUUGGUCAAACAACAGCUACUGAAUUUUGUAAGAUGUUUGAAGAGGCCAUUCGUAAAUAUGAAAACUCAGAAGAUGCUAACCCUUUGUUCCCAAACGAGGUUAGAGAGGCGUUCAACAAUGCUAUCAUUAAGGCUGUACCAAUGGUACAGUAUUUACAGUCUACAGCUAAAAUAAAAAGGGAGAAACCUCCAACUUAUGAACAAUUGAAACUUGUAAUCAUGCAGGAAGAGGCAACUAGAAAACAGACUGAGGCUGGUGUGGGUGAGGUUAGGGCAGUCAAUCUGGCUCUAAGUGACGUGAGAUGCUAUGGGUGUGGAGCCUUUGGUCACAUUGGCAAAAAUUGUCCAGGACAGGGAAAAGGAAAGUUGUGUUACAACUGCCAUAAAUAUGGCCACACAAAGACCGAAUGUCCUGAGUCAGACGUGAAUGACUCAGGAAUUGCAAAAAGGGGUAGAUUUAACAGAAUGAGGGGUAAAGGAAGUAAUGGAUCUUCGAAACCCAAUGUUCAAUCGAAGGUUAGCAAGAAGGAGCCUAAUAAAAGUUCAGGAACAAACAAUAAGCUAUAA